AGCUGAUGCAUCAGAGUAACGUUGCCUUUGCCCAGCUUUUCUCAGGAGGGAGGACAGUCAGAGAGGCUUUGCUCCUAAGGAAAUUUAUUUAAAUAUAACUGGACUGAAGUUGGAGAAAUACGUCAAGCACCCACAGAAGCAAAGCAAGAGAGCAUCCCCGGAGAUCAAUGGUGGGACGAGAGAAAUUAACUUCAUUAAGUUAAGUGAGUAGGUGGACUGGCUUUCCCCAAAGAUGGCAGACGAAGAUGAUUAUGAGGAGGUUGUGGAGUACUACAUAGAAGAGGAGGUCGAGGGUGAACCAGAUGAGGUGAUUACGGAGUACACUGAGACCACAUACAGAACUGGCUCCACACCGCACACAGUAACAACAAGAUAUACUUCAGAAACAAGCGGGCAUCCUUCAGAAACAAGAACGCAUACUUAUGAAACCACAACAUCACGUACACAACCUCCGGAAACCACAGACACUUCUCACAAGGCCUCCCAUCCUGUCAGGAAAAAAGUUGUACGGAAAAAAGUGGAUACAUCUAAGUUUCUGACACCUUACUUGGAUCACAGUUCAAAAAUGCAAAAGCUCUUCAGCGAGAAAAAGUACAAGGAAAAAUUUGAAAAAGAAAAAGGAAAACCAUGUGGAAUAACAACAGAUACUCCUGAACUUCGGAGAAUCAAGAAAGUCCAGGACCAGCUGAGUGAGGUUAAGUAUCGCAUGGCUGGGGAGGCAGCUCGAACCGACUGCCACGUGGAUGAAAAAGCAAGGGACAUUGAGCAUGCAAAGAAAGUUUCUCAGCAAGUCAGCAAGGUUUUAUACAAACAGAACUGGGAAGAAAAUAAGGAAAAGUACCUGCUUCCUCCUGAUGCUCCCGAGCUUGUUCACGCUAUAAAAAAUACAGCCUUGUUCAGUAAGAGACCUUACAUUGAAGAGUGGGAAGCAGACAAAUCCCUCUUCUAUCCUUAUGAUGACAGUCCUGAACUUAGGAGAGUUGCAAAGGCACAAAAGGCCCUCAGUGAUAUUGUUUACAAAAAAGGACACGCUGAGCAGAAAUCGAAAUACACUUCUGUGCCUGACCCACUUGAUGUGGAGCUUGCCAAGAAAGUUACUCGACAGCUCAGUGAUCACAACUAUCACGAAGACUAUAAAAAGAAGAAGGGCAAAUGGAGCCAAACACCAUGCUAUGAUGUUGCAGUUGCCAAAAUGAACUCUGACAACUUGAGCACAAGAAAAUAUCAGGAAGACUGGGAAUCUAAGAAAGACCAAAUCUACUUCAUGCAGACAGAAACACCAGAGUAUGCAGUUAAUAAGCAUGCUGGAGUUGCUGCCAGUAAGGUGAAAUACAAGGAAGAUUAUGAAAAAGCCAAAGGUUCAGCAGAUUAUAAUGUACUUCCAGCAACUGAGAAUCCAAUGCUCAGGCAUCUAAAAGCUGUUGCAAAUAAUGUAAAUGAUAGAUUAUAUAAGGAAGCCUACGAGAAAGCCAAAGCGAAAAGUAUAAACUACUGUGAGACUCCAAAGUACAAAAUCGACAAUGUCCUGAAAGACUUUAGUGAUGUCAAAUACAAAGAGCCUUACAUAGCCAACGUCUUGGGCCGGUACAUAGGCACCCAUGAGGACCCCUAUCAGAUACAUUGCAUGAAGGUUGGCGCUAUGACGAGCGACAAAAACUACAAAGCCGACUACGAAGAGGAAAAGGCUAACUGCUACUUCCCCCAGACUUUGACUCCAGAAUAUGAAGUCCAGAAGAAGCUGGACAAGUGCAAAGACGUUGUCUAUAAGAAACCUCCAGAUCAGAUUAAGUUCACUCAGGCGGCGGAUUCCCCUGUUUUGGUACAAGCACAGAUUAAUACCAAACAGUUAAGCGAUAUGAAUUACAAAGCCAAACAUGAGGCAGAAAAAUCCAGAUGUUCCAUACCUCCAGAUACUCCAUUGCUUCUCCAAUCCAGAGUCAAUGCUUAUAAUAUCAGUGAUAACUGGUACAAGUAUGACUGGGAUCAAUCCAAAGCAAAGAAGUUUGAUAUCAAAGUGGAUGCCAUCCCAAUUCUGGCUGCCAAAGCGAAACAAAAAAUUGCGAGUGAUGUUGAGUACAAGAAGGGCUAUGAAAUGAGCAAAGGGAGGCUUGUUGGAGCCUUGAGCGUUAAGGAUGAUCCUAGGAUCAUGCACUCACUGAAAGUAGGCAAGCUGCAAAAUGAUAGAUUAUAUAAGGAAGAAUAUGAAAAAGCGAAAGGAGUAAGCAUUAACUAUUGUGAGACUCCACAGUACCAGGUCGACAACACUCUUAAGAACUUCAGUGGGCUGAAAUACAAAGAGCCUUACAUAACCAAUGUCUUGGGCCGGUACAUAGGCACCUUUGAGGACCCCUAUGAAGCCCAUUGCAGGAAAGUUGGAGCCAUGAAGAGCGAUAAAAACUAUAAAGCAGAUUAUGAAGACGAAAAGGCUAAAUGCUAUUUCCCUCAAACCAUAACUCAAGAAUAUGAAGCCAUAAAGAAGCUGGACGUGUGCAAAGAUUCUGCCUACAAAAAGCAUCCUGACCAGAUCAAGUUUACUUCAGUGCCGGAUUCUCUGGUUUUGCGACAAGCACAGAUUAAUACCAAGCAGCUGAGUGACAUGAAUUACAAAGCCAAACAUGAGGCUGAAAAGUUCAGAUGUUCCAUACCUGCAGAUGCUCCUUUGUUUCUUCAGUCCAGAGUCAAUGCUUACAACAUCAGUGAUAAUUGGUACAAGUAUGACUGGGAUCAAUCGAAAGCAAAGAAGUUUGAUAUCAAAAUGGAUGCUAUCCCGAUUCUGGCUGCUAAAGCAAAACAAAAAAUUGCGAGCGAUGUUGAGUACAAGAAAGACUACGAAAAGGGCAAGGGGAAGCUUAUUGGAGCCUUGAGCGUCCAGGAUGAUCCCAAGAUCUUACAUUCUCUGAAAGUGGGCAAACUGCAAAAUGACAGACUAUAUAAGGAACUGUACGAAAAAGCGAAAGGAGUAAGCAUUAACUAUUGUGAGACUCCACAGUACCAGGUCGACAACACUCUUAAGAACUUCAGUGGGGUGAAAUACAAAGAGCCUUACAUAGCCAAUGUCUUGGGCCGGUACAUAGGCACUUUUGAGGAUCCCUAUGAAGCCCAUUGCAUGAAAGUUGGAGCCAUGAAAAGCGACAAAAACUAUAAAGCAGACUAUGAAGACGAAAAGGCUAAAUGCUAUUUCCCUCAAACCAUAACUCAAGAAUAUGAAGCCAUGAAGAAGCUGGACUUGUGCAAAGAUUCUGCCUACAAAAAGCAUCCUGACCAGAUCAAGUUUACUUCAGUGCCGGAUUCUCUGGUUUUGCGACAAGCACAGAUUAAUACCAAGCAGCUGAGUGAUAUGAAUUACAAAGCUAAACAUGAGGCUGAAAAAUUCAAAUGUUCUAUACCUCCAGAUGCUCCUUUAUUUCUCCAGUCCAGGGUCAAUGCUUAUAAUAUCAGUGAUAAUUGGUACAAGUAUGAUUGGGAUCAAUCGAAAGCAAAGAAGUUUGAUAUCAAAAUGGAUGCUAUCCCGAUUCUGGCUGCUAAAGCAAAACAAAAAAUUGCGAGCGAUGUUGAGUACAAGAAAGGCUACGAAAAGGGCAAAGGGAGGCUUAUUGGAGCGUUGAGCGUCCAGGAUGAUCCCAAAAUGUUACAUUCUCUGAAAGUGGGCAAACUGCAAAAUGAUGUAAGUAAGCUCAAAUAUGGUAAAAUGGGGUGUGUGGCUGGAACCUUUGUGAUGAUGUAGCACAACCCUUUUUUU